UAGAAAGGUUAUGUCUCUCACAGUGGACAUGCACCUACAAUGACAAUUUCCAUGAUUUCUAAGUGGGAAAAGUUGCAAAAAGCAGGGUCUUCAAAUAUUUAUUUUCCUGAUUGUAUCUAUUUAUCAUUUUUUACUGAAUUACUUUCCACUGUCUUAAGGAUACUGGAAUUUGAGUCACAGCCUGAAGGCAGUGGUGACAAGACCUGUGAGGUUGAACUUUGGGACUGUUCAGGAGACUUUAAAUUUGAAUCAUGUUGGCCCGCGCUCUUGAAUGACUGCAGCGGUGUAGUGAUCAUUUUUAACCCAGAUGUUCCGAGUCACCUCAAGGAAAUUGAGACGUGGCAUUCUAUGUUUAUUUCCUCUCAAGGUUUGCAAGACAAACAGUGUCUGCUCAUAGCUCACCACAAGCCUGGCAGUGAAGUAGAAGACGGACGACUACCUUUAGCAUCAACGCUUAGCAGACUGCCACUUAUUCACUCCAACUUGGAGGAGGAGCCGGAGGACGUGAGGCAUGCUUUCUGCAAAUACUUGGGAAACGUUGUAAAUGUAAUGUCGGAGAGUCGAGAGCGAGAGGAGAUGUCUAUCAUUACAUAGAAGAUAAAUCUUUCAAUUAUGUUCUGUAGGUAAUUGAAAAUGUACCUUGUUUGUAUCUGCAUGUUGUAACAGCAUCCUCUCCAUCAAUCAGCACUGCCGGGCAUAGUUAAUGAACUCACUUUGAAUAACACUUCACCUCUGCUUGUUGUUUGUUCAUUUUGUAAAUAAAAUUAAUACAAUUUUAUUGUGUGAAUAAAAUGUGACUCAAUUUAAUAUAAAAAUGUAUAUGC